CUAGAAAUCAGUUCAAAUCAUCUGCAGUUGUUUUGAAGUUUGAAACAAAAUGUUGAAAUCGGUUGUUGUCUUAUUGUGUUUGGCUAUUCUGGCCGAAUCUUCAUUGGUCCGUAUUCCUAUGUACCGGGUGAAAGAAGCCAAAACCAAGGAGAAUGAAUUGUUGAAACUGAAAGGAAAAUACAAUAAAUCCGGUUUCACCACCAAGGAGAAUCUCUUGAACUAUGUCGAUGAUUCGUACUAUGGCAAAAUAACAAUUGGUACACCUCCACAGGAAUUUUUGGUGUUGUUUGAUACCGGCUCCUCCAACUUGUGGGUACCUGUUGCUCCCUGUUCCGCCAACAAUAUUGCUUGCCAAAAUCAUCACACCUACAAUCCCAGUGCUUCCUCCAGCUAUGUGGCCAAUGGCGAACCCUUCUAUAUUGCCUAUGGUUCUGGCAGUUUAUCGGGUUAUUUGGUUCAAGAUACCGUCACCGUUGAAGGUUUGACAAUUAAAAAUCAAGUUUUUGCUGCUGCCACCAAUGAACCCGGUAACUCCUUCACUUAUUCUCCAUUCGAUGGCAUCUUGGGUAUGGGUUACAAAGGCAUUGCCCAGGACAAUGUUUUGCCACCAUUCUACAAUAUGUAUUCCCAAGGAUUGGUUGAUGCCGAUGUCUUUGCUUUCUAUUUGGCUCGUGAGGGUACUGCUGAGAAUGGUGGUGAAUUGGUUUUGGGUGGUAUUGAUCCCAAUCACUAUACCGGUGAAAUCACCUAUGUCCCCGUUACAUCGAAGGGUUAUUGGCAAUUCGAAAUCGCCUCGGGUGAGGUGAAUGGUGUGAAUGUUUGCAACAAUUGCCAAGGUAUUGCUGAUACUGGCACCUCCCUUCUGGUUGUUCCCUUCUAUCAAUACGAAAGUAUACAAGCUGCCGUUGGUGCCACAUUCAGUGAUGAGUUUGGUGCUUAUGUUUUGGACUGCGCCACAAUCGACAGUUUGCCUUCACUGAAUUUCAACAUUGGUGGCCGCAAAUUCACGAUUGAAUCCAAGGAUUAUGUCUUGCAAAACUAUGGCAUUUGCACCACUGCUUUCGAGAACAUCGGUGUUGAUUUCUGGAUUUUGGGUGAUAUUUUCAUUGGUAAAUAUUAUACUGUGUUCGAUUUGGGUAACAACCGCGUUGGUUUCGCCGAUGCUAAGUAAAAAUAAUUGUUGAAUAUAUUUUUUGUUGAUAAAUAUAUUUUUGUUAAAUAAAUGAGCAUUAGUUGAAAAAAA